CACCGCUUUGAGAAGCUGUCACCGACUCAUAUCCGUCUUAAGCUUUCCUUGAUUCUUCCAGUUUCUUCUCCACCGCCACUAUCUCAAUUAUCUUUCCCAAACCCACACCCACACCCACACCCACACCCACUUCACUUCACCUACCGAUAGAGACACCGCUACCCGCUGCUCUCUAUGCUUCAAAUCCAAUAUUGUCCCAAACCCUUUCAAUCUUACUUUCACUGCUUCUCUACCAUUUGUUUGUGUUGAACGAUUUCAUGAGAUGUUCGAUUUCUAGCCCUAAAUUUCGCUCUUUUGCAAGUAGGUUGUUCGUUGAAGCCAAAGCGUCUGUGUGCUAUCGUCAUUGACAGUAAUGGUGGAAGUCGGUGUCGGUCUUUACGACAAAACCCUAAACGAAAUCGACUGUGUAUCUGAAGACGAAGGCUAUUGUAAGUCGAUUCAGAGCAUCACACGCCACUGAUUGAAGGUCUGCUAAGAAGAAGAACGUUGUGAGGCGAUUGAGACAGGUUCCUUUUGCUCAUGUUGAGGGAGUCAUUAACAAGGGAUGACAGAGGAACGAGAUUAUUUCAAGAGAAUAAAGAGACGACUGUUGGAAGGUUGCAGCUAUGGUGUUGUAGAUACUGAUUUUGAUAUGAAAGUCCCAAGCACGAAGGUAUGUCUCUUUGUUACCAUUUUCUGAUCACAAACUCCUGCACAUCACGAUUUUUAUAUGAAAGGUUGUUGAGCUUUGAUGUGUUUCCUUGGAAAGGUAUGUAUUCAUCCGUAUUUCCUUUCGAUUUCAAUUUCUAAUUUUGAAUUUAUGACCGGAUUUGACCUAAUUUUCAUCAUGUUGCCAUAGAACUGCAAUAAUUGUUUGCUCCUCAAUCCUUGAUACCUCUUAGCGAUUUCUGGUGCAUACCCCCAUCGACUUUGGUGCCUAUUGCUUCAUUUAUUUUUUUUCAUUUGCCUUUGUAAAAUCAUCAUCAACCGAUGACAAAGACAACGCAGCUCAUACACAACAAUUACAAGGGGAUCAGUUUCGUCCCGAUGCUUCUGGUUCAGUUCAAACACAUCAAUGACACAGCUUCCCUGCUACCCACAAUAAUUUACAGGUAUCAGUUUUGUUGUUAUGCACGAUCAAAUGCGUAUAUAGCCGACAUGUUUGUUGAAAUAGCUCUACACAAGGAAAUUUGAAGUGCAUGAUGUCAGAUAGCAUAUGUGGGAUCUAUUAAACACCUCAUUUCCAUGAUUUUCACUGCUUGGUUCUUUAUGUAUUGAGACUGCCACAUAAUCUUACACAUAAUGGCAAUGCCUUAUGCACAGGAAGUUAAGAUACAACUAUUAAGGUUAGAAUUAGAUCAAGCAAACACUGGAAUCUUCGAUUCCUUUCCGAUUUUGUAACAUAGUUAGGAGAUAGAUCCUAUAAACUUUGAAAAGUGACUCAGGUUAAUUCAUACGUUUAUUAUUUAUUUUAAGGAAACUUGGAAGAAAUAAUAUAAUGGCUUUUUGGUGUCUGAUGAACCCGUGAGUCCGGGCCAAUGCAACAUGAUUAUAGUUAUGAUCAAACACUUUGAAAUAUUUUAAUUAAUAGGGUA